GCCGAAUGGCCGCAAACGAGCAUUACUUGGGUUCGUAGGAAACUUGAAUACUUCCACAGAAUAUCGAGGAUAGAAGAGGCAGAGUGGAGGAAACUGUUGGAAGUAGAAGGAAAAACUGUUACUAUUAUCUAGGCUGGGGUGGGUGCGGUUACUUUCUUGACUUUCUGAAGAGUAGCUACAGAAGUGAUUCGAUAGAGGUUUUAUGACUCCUACCGUCUCUCUACGAACAAGCUAAGGCGUCCGUAGGGAUAUGAUAGAUAUGUGGGAUUUAGAGCCUCAAGGUGUAAUGCGAUUGUACCACCCGUCAUGUUUGCUAAAGGGGGCGUUUGGCUUAAGAUACACGACAUCAGCGAUGAUUCGACUGCCGCUGGACCAAGUACAAUUCAAUGGAACAGACCCUCACGAGUGAAUAUAGAAGUCAGAGAAUGUAACUGGUAUCCCAAUCAAACUACCUAAUGGUACAACACCACAGUCCAAGAAAAGUUUGGUCCGACGCUAAUUCAACGAGGGCAAACCAUUUGAUAACAAUCUUUCCACACCGGCAGGAUGUCUUCCUCGAAACCCAUCUUAAUAAUCCUGGCCUUGGCCUUUACCGUGGUAGUAUUCACCGAGCUCGUCAAGGCCAUCCUUCAAAUCUCCCUAGCCAUCAUGAUGGCCCUCUCUAGUACCAUCUUCAAUGUCCUUCUUAACGGAAUUUGGGCAUUCCUCUUUUGUCUUCUUAACGUCGUUAUCUUGCUCGGCCUUUGCUUUUACGACAUUACGUUGUGCUUGGUCUUCAUUUUUGCUACCCUCGGGCCCCUGAUCGCCGGCUUCUUUUUUCUAAGGGGUUUCCUAAUGGGAAUGGGACCUCUUCGUUCCCCUGAGGGCGGCUACUAGUAUUAAUUUGUGUCUAGCGAAGCGAGAGAUCCUACAUGGGAUGAAUCUCUUAUAACGGAUAGCAAGGGUCGUGUGUGCCUGAGAUUCGUGACGUCUCAGUUUGUACAGCAUCUUCAUAGAAGAGGGACGUUGGCGUGGAUAUAACGGAUAGACCAGAAGACGAAGACAUAGAUGAUGAGCCGUAUGAUUGUUUUUUGCUAGUAUAUUCUGUCGUGCAUACAAUUUGUA